CACCCCCAAACCCUUUCCUCUUCUUCUCAUCUUCUAUUCUUCUCCCAACCGCAGCUAGCUUCGUCUUUUCCUCUGCUCGCCUUGUCGUUGCUAACGAUUCAGACUUCAUCUUCGCCUUGUCGUUGCUGUCGCCUGUGUCGGCCCGCCCUUCAUCCCCUGCUCGCCUUGUCGUUGUUGUCACCCCGACCUUCAUCCAUCGUCUGCUUCUCUUCUAAUCGACAACAACUCUUCCAAGUCUCUAUCGUAUCCCCUGUGUCUCUCCUCGUCGCAAUUGCCUUUUCAUUUUCUGAGAGUGAGCAGUUGCCGCCGAUUUAAUACAUCCCACCCUUGGUCUGCUGGGUGUUCCUCCUCUGCCACUAUGCUCGCAUCAUUCACUAGUUUGGACUGAUGAUCAGUUAAAGAACAAGUUUAAUCAGUUGAGGGGAAAGCAAAGGGUUUUCAUGACCAUCAUUGUUGACGAAGGCCAACAAUGUGACAAAGAAGUCUAAGGAGUACAACUCAAACUCGGGUGAUGGAUAUUCGACGUGAUGAAAUAGUAGACAAGUUGUAGAAAUGACUUUCAAGCCGGAAUUAUUUGAUGUUUUCACUUAUUUGAUAUUUGAUAUUGUAGUUGUACUUCUUAAAAUAUUGGUUGACGUACUAGUGUUU